CAACUUUCUUUUUUUUUUUGAAUAAUCACCUCCCCUUUUUGCACUGGAAGCCCGGUAUUUAAAAGAAUCUACUCUGGAGUAAAAAAAACAGUGUGAAGACGGAUGCAAUUGAACAACAAGGUGUCUCUAAACAAGACAAGAUAAUUUCGAGUGCACUGGGUUUCUUCAGCUGCCUGACUAACCCGUUAGGAAGAACAAAAAUGCGAGCCCUGGCCAUUAUUCUACUUUUUGCAGUCUUUGCUUUCGCCAAACCUCAAUACAAAGCGAACUACCAUGGACAGGUUCCCAUCACCAAGAAACAGUGGGUCUCUCUAAACCCGUACGGCACCACGGCAACAACCUACAAAAACAACGAACACAUUCAGAAGCAAUGGGAGAGCCUGUACGACCAUCUUCCGUGGUUGAAGGGCCCUGCCGGUCCUCCGGGCACUCCUGGACAUCCUGGACCUAAAGGAGAUACUGGAGCCCCAGGAGCUCCUGGCAAACAUGGAGCGCCUGGUCCAGCUGGUAAAGAUGGCAAACAUGGUGCUCCAGGAGAGAAAGGCGAACAAGGCGAAGAUGGAGAAAAGGGAGAACCUGGUAGCAAAGGAGAGCAAGGAGAGCCUGGCAACAAUGGUGAUGCUGGCCUACCUGGAGCCCCAGGCAAAGACGGAGAACCUGGGCCUCAAGGACCUAAAGGGGAUACAGGAUCACCAGGCUAUGUUGUCCAUACCAAAGUUGUCGGACACCCUGGCCUACCGGGAGCACCUGGCAAAGACGGCGCAGAUGGCGAGCCCGGCCCCGCUGGUCCACCAGGCCCUGUAGGACCCCAAGGAUAUCCCGGCAAGCUUGGGCUAAAUGGCUUUCCAGGCAAACCUGGCGAAAAAGGAGAUACGGGACCUCAAGGACCAGCUGGGAUUCCAGGUAAAGAUGGAUUUCCCGGUUCACCGAGCUAUGUUGCUGGCCCCCCUGGUCCGAAAGGUCCGAUUGGCCCACCGGGCUAUUCUAUUCCUGGCAAAGAUGGUGCCCCUGGUGCUCCUGGUAAGCCUGGCAACGACGGACUUCGCGGUGCUCGUGGUGAAAAAGGCGACUCAGGAGAAGAUGGCGAGCCAGGAAAAGAUGGUCUUCCAGGUCCUGAAGGACCGCCUGGCUCCCCUGGAGGUCCAGGACCUGUUGGACCUGAAGGUACACCUGGUACUCCUGGGAAUCAUGGUAGCCCUGGGCCUAUAGGCCCAGCCGGACCUAAAGGCGAUCCUGGUGCUCCAGGAUACCACGGCCCUGUUGGACCUCGAGGUCGACCAGGCUUCCCGGGUUUUCCUGGUCCUUCCACUACCGUAUUUACUUACCCUUGGCCAGCGUACGCUGGUCCUACUUUCACACUACCGUCAGCAUUUGCGGAAUACACUGGAAUGUGGGAUCCUACUUUCGACACAGCAACUUCAUUUUGGCGGAACUAUUGGAAGUAUGCUUCUCGAGACUAAACGAAAUAUUUCUUGAAAUAAAUUACGUGCUUUAUAGAAAUUUUACCAGUAUUUUUUCAAAUAUCAUUUUAAAUAAAUACAUAUGAGAAUACACAAUUCAAAUCGUCUAAAAAGAAA